AUGGCGCACAGAAACCAAACUUGGCCAGUUUGGCAAAGCGAGUCCCAUGAUUCCAUUUCUGGUUCCUCAAAUAAAGUCAGCGAGGAAAGUGAGCUCCAGCUCCUGUCUGCUGAAAUACCUGAUGAUCAGCCCGAGGAAGCCAAGCCACUUUCACCAAGCGAACCUCGUACCAAGCCCUCUAAAUUGGAGGCCAUAUUUCGCUCACUCGGUCUAGGAAUCAUCUUCACUAAAAUCGUCAAGCGCGACAAAGAAUACCCCAAGGUGGUGGUCUGGAAAUCUCACCAAGUGGCACUACCAAAGACGCUAUUACAUAUUGUUCCAUUCGGCAUAUCAAUCUUCCUCGUGACUAUCAACAUAAUUGGAUACUUCAUUGGGACCGAGAUCAGCGGGAUAGAAGGCUACAACAGCGCCAAACUUGGCGCAUUGCAAUUCGCAGCCAAAUUGCACGAAAUCACUAUCCUGGCCUCGCUAAGCAUGAUCGUCUUCACCCUGGUUCAGAUGAGGCUUGUCUCACAGAAAGUCGCAUUUGGCAGCGUCUUCUCUGGUCUUCAGUUUCAAAGUUUAAGUUAUCUCUGGUCCAAGGAACUGUGGGAAGUGAUAGUUUCCGAAUGGGGGCAACCGCACGGGAAACUCUUCAUAGUGACUCUGCUUCUGGGAAUGCUCCUCGCGCCCACCGUGGGUCCAUCCUCUGCCGUCUUGAUGGUCCCAAAGCUCCAAGAUUGGCCCGCAGGAGGAACCGAAUUUUGGCUCAACGCGACUCGAGAUGAGCUCUGGCCGCUGGAAGUCACAGACAGCGAUGUCAACCCCUCGUGCCUGGUUGACGAUAAUAGCCCACAAGAACUGCUAUACUGUCCAUGGACGGGCCUAAAAGCCUUUCUGGGCGCGUUUCUACCGGGCCUUCGGAAUCUGAGCCCCCCCGGAAAAUACAACUCGUACGCAUGGACCCCGGACGAAGUGUCUCUGCCGGGGAAGUAUGGCGCACGCGUCUUGAAUGCCAGAUCUCCCACCAACAUCCCCUUUACGAGUGCGUUCUGUCCGAGCAUGGUGGUGGCCGAUUCGCUCGCCCUGUCAGGGAUGCACUGGGCGCAUGCUAGCCAAUGUGGGCCCCCGCGGCAGCACUUUGCCUGGCGUAACUCGGCCACCUGGAGUAUCAAGAAUCUCCAGCAGCCUAUCACCAACGUCGCCUGCAACGAGCUAGACUUGAGUGAUGGAAGCUCCGAUCUCCUUCAAGGUGACACAAUGAUUGGCUUCCCGGUAUGGGACACGUACGUGCCAGGCGCCAACAACGUGCCCACGUACACAAUAGCAAAUCUAAACAGCUCCGCGCUAGCAACCCAGGUUCUUGAUCAGCUCCAAAAGAACAGCUCUCAGCCUGAAGUCUUCUGGCUGGACCUGGACCAGUCCGUAUUUGGGAACAAUUCGAUCGGGGCAAUCGUCAUGCUGCCCGCAACAGGAGAAGAAGGACAGAACACCAGCAGGAUCCUAGCCUGCGAGGUCGACUCCCACUGGAUGAGCUUGGAGUAUCAGAUCAAUACCAUGUGGGCCGUUCAGGCCGAUUUCGACGAACGCGAGAGCGAAUCGCGGCCCUUUAUUUCUGCCUUGCCACGCAUCCACAUUGAUCCCAGGUGGGCGCAGUAUUUAAACCCCUCCUCCUCAACCGACAACAGCACCCUAUUCGGAGACAUGGCCGCAGCCGCAGGUAUCUGGGCCGCCGACUCCGUCGGCACAACGACUAAAGCAGAAGGCAGAGAUGUUGUCGAUACCUAUCCCUUGUACUCCCUCCACGUCCUCGAAGCUAUCCUCGCAGGAAUGAUAACCAACGGCCUCUCCACCCUCAACGCAAAGACUACCAUCCAAGGCACACUCCCAGGGCCAGAGAACUGCUCCACCACCUGGGUAGACACAUUCUUCCCGCGGAAGCCUAGCGGACUCGGUCGAGGCGCAGGAACGCUGUGGGAUAUGACGGGCGUCGACACGACAAACAUGACCCGGUUCACUAUGACGGCGACUGCUAAUGGGUACGCGUACGGGCUGAGUGGGGCCACCUCGAUAGCUUCGAUGGUCGUUCUGCUGGUGUACUGCGCGAUGACUAUUCCUCACACCGUGUUCGUAUGGUGGACGGGCUGGACUUCGUCGAGCUGGGACUCUAUCCCAGAGCUGGUUGCCUUAGCCCUUCAAUCUAGCCCUACUGAUGUCUUGAAGAAUACUGGGGCGGGAAUAUCCACGGCGGCUGUGUUUCGCGAGAAGGUUCAAGUUUUGGAUGUGCGCAGGCGGUUGAGGCUGACGUUUAGGGAUACGGAGGAUGGUGGGUUGAUGGUCAAGGCAAAUGAGACUUAUGAAUAG